GUUAUUUUGGACACCAUGAAGCGUCUGAUUGCACUUUGACUGAGAUAGAAUCAAACUAAGCGAUAAUAGUCUCACCGACAUGGCGACUGAAGUUAAAGUACAGGGUCUUGAUGAAUUCUUACAAGCUGUGAAAGAACAUGAAGGAAAGAAGAACGUGUUCGCUCUGUUUAGUGGUGCGACCGAUCCAUCUACUGGCGUAAGUUGGUGUCCUGAUUGUGUUACUGCAGUACCGGUAGUUGAAAAGUGUAUGACUAAAGCUCCAGAGGGUUCAGUUUAUAUCUAUUGCUCUGUUGGAGACAGAUCUUUCUGGAAGGAUCAGAAUAAUGGUUUCCGAAAAGACCCUCGUACAGCGCUUAAAAGUGUCCCGACCCUUUUAAGAUGGGGAACGCCACAGAGAUUAGAAGAAGGUCAAUGUGCCAAUUCGAGCUUGGUCGAAAUGAUAAUUGAGGGUGAUCAAUAAACAUAGAAUUAUUAAUAAAAACUUUAAACUAUCUGU